AUGGGUAUGGCCCAGGCCCUCGCCUCAGAGACGCUCUUCACCAAGAUCGCCGUCAGCGAGAUCUUCUCGCUCAAGAUGUCCAAGACCGAGGCCCUCACGCAGGCCCUGGGGAAGAGCAUCGGCGUUAGAAUUAAGGAGGAAACAGAGCAUAUCGAAGGCGAGGUUGUGGAGAUUCAAAUUGAUAUGCCGCUCCCGAGGUCGUCAGCUGAACGGAUGACGAAGAGUGGCAAGCUUACGUUGAAGACCACGGAGAUGGAGAGGGUGUAUGACUUGGGUACCAAGAUGAUUGACUCGUUGCGGAAGGAGACAGUUACAAGUUUGUUAGCAUUAUUCGCUGGUGACACUGGUGAGAUUAAAUCGGGGGUGAGGGAGCAGAUCGACGUCAAGGUCGCGGAGGGGAGGGAAGAGGGGAAAGCGAAAAUUGUGCAGGGCGUUCUUUUCAUUGACGAGGUGCAUAUGCUUGAUAUUGACAGCUUUUCCUUCAUGAACAGAGCUCUCGAGUCGGACCUCGCCCCAGUCCUUGUGCUGGCGUCGAACCGCGGAAUCACUUGUAUCAGGGGGACCACAUACAAGUCGCCACAUGGCAUUCCACUGGGCUUGUUGGAUAGGUUGCUUAUUACUACCAAACCAUUCAACGAGAACGACAUUCGAAAGAUCUUGCAGCUACGCAGCGAAGACGUGGAGAUCAUGGAGAACGGACUAAACCUUCUCACGCGUAUAGAUCUGGAUACCUCUCUGAGAUACGGCAUGUAUCUAAUCACCUCUUCAGGACUCGUUUGGUCGAAAAGAAAGAGGAUAUAG